GGACGCAGCGCACCUUCCGCAGACGCACUCCAACACCAGGACAGAGCUGGAGGUUUAUUCUUUUCUCUUUUUAAAAAAAAAAAUCUUUUAUUUCGGGAAGACGUGAGCUGUUUCAGGACGGCUUUAUCAACAAAACAAAACCGGAAAGUAAAAUGAACACUGGUGUGAAAACUCUGUAAAACUUCCUCUGUUGGUUCGUGUUGCGCGUUCUCCAAGUGCGCGUACCUGUGUGGACUUGUCCGCAUCCCGUUACGCAGGCCUUAAAGGGGGGAGUCCAGACCUGAAGGGACACACCUUAUUUGAUUUGCGUGGCUCUCCAGCACCCCCACCCUCACCUACCCACUCCCAUUCUGCGUCUGUGGAAAAGUGGAGGAUUGUCAGACCUGCGCACCAGACCUGCGCACUGUCAUGUCGGUAAACAGCAGAGCAGCCCGCGCGCUCAAGGAGAUCCUGCAAAAACCUGGAAAUGACACCUGUGCAGACUGCGGGGUGCCAGAUCCGACCUGGGGCUCGUGCACCCUGGGAGUGUUCAUCUGUUUGGAAUGUUCUGGGAUCCACCGUAACAUCCCCGACAUCAGCAAGGUCAAGUCUCUGAGCCUGUCCCACUGGGAGGACCACGAGCUGAAGUUCAUGGCUGAGAACGGUAAUGAGGCGAUGAAGGGUAAAUACGAGUCAGCUGUUCCAGUCUACUACUACAAACCCACCCACAGAGACUGCCAGGUGUUGAGGGAACAGUGGAUAAGAGCAAAGUACGAGAGGAAAGAGUUCUGCGAAGCUGUGAACAGCUUCAGAUAUGAGGAAGGAACUAGAGACGGUGUUUUGAUGAAGCGGGGGCGGGACAAUGGACAGUUUCUCAGCCGGCGAUUUGUCCUUUCAGAGAGGGAGGGGACUCUGAAGUAUUUCACCAAAUAUGACGCUAAGGAGCCAAAAGCAGUGAUUAAGGUGGACACCAUCAACGCAACCUUCCAGCCUGAGAAGAUCGGAAACCCAAACGGUCUGCAGAUCACCUACCUCAAAGACUACAGCACCCGCAACAUCUUUGUUUAUCAUGAAAACGGCAAGGAGAUCGUCGACUGGUUUAACUCCAUUCGUGCGGUCCAGCUCCAUUAUCUAAAGGUGGCCUUUCCUGGGGCGACGGACGCUGAGCUGGUGCCCAAACUAACCAGGAACUUUCUAAAGGAAGGACACAUGGAAAAGACAGGCCCUAAGCAAACCGAAGGCUUUAAGAAGCGCUGGUUCACUCUGGACCACAGACGGCUCAUGUACUUCAAAGACCCGCUGGACGCCUUUGCGAAGGGUGAGGUGUUCUUGGGGAACAGGGACCACGGUUACAGCGCCUCGGCCGGUUUACCCCCUGGGACCCACUGCAACGGCGCCUGGCAACACGGGAUCACCAUAGUAACGCCUGACCGCUGCUUCCUGUUUACCUGUGAGACGGAGAGUGACCAGCAGGAUUGGUUGAAACACUUCAAUGAUGUCAUGAGUGCUCAGAUGUCCCCCCAGGAGUUCACAAUGGAGGCCUUGUUCAAGCACAGACAUUGAUCGCCCAGAGGCCUGUGGGACGUCUCCUCUCAGACCUUCUGCGUUCGGACUCUGGACUGACAUCAGCUGACCCACUGACCUCUUUGGUUCUUCUCCAAAGUUGCAGUAAAAUCAUGAAUAUGGACACAUUGGUACUUGUUGCUUGCUCUCUACUGACCGGAAAGAUCUGUGUGGUAAUGAAAACAAACGAGAUGUAAUGAACUAAACGAUCUAGCAAAAAAAAAAAAAAAAGUAAUAAUAUUAUGGUAAUUGUUCUAGAGUUUCUGUAUAGUGCUUUUAGCUGUGUUUGUCAGAGAUCACUUGUAGGUGGAACAUAAUUUAUGGAAAACUUCCAACUCAAGAUUGAAUUCUUAUGCAGCACUUAUUUCUUCUGGGGCUGAUUUUUCCCAUUUUAAAUAAGUACAGUUUUAUAUACAAGCGUAAAAUAUGAUGCUAGUGGAAUUAUCGUGGAAUACAAAUGUGAUCAGAAUGGCCAAAAUAUUAAGUAUAGAAUUGAAGAAAAAUAGUUUUAACCUCCUGAGACCCAGCAAUGCAUUAUUGUUCUCCGUAGGGGACAAGAGUUUCACUGCUUUACUGAGAAAAAAUGAAUCCUAUCCACUGUAAAGUACGGUGUCCAACAAGGGUCAAACACAUUCCAACGGCCCAAUGCGUCUCAGUUAGAGAAAACAGCUACAAGUACAGAACAAGGUUAUUAUUGUUAACCAAAACUCACGAAAUGACGAAAACUAGAAUUGUAAAAACAUUUUCAUUAACUG